AUGAGGGUAUUUAAAGCAAAAUAUUUUCCUUCAUUGUCUUUUCUUAAGGCUAAGUUAGGUGCUAAUCCUAACUAUGUUCGGAAGAGUAUUUAUGAAACUCAAUCGGCUAUUGCUAGAUGUGCUAGGAUUCAUAUUGGCAAUGGGGAGAAUACUUCGGUUUGGAGGAGUCCAUGGUUAGAUAAAGAGAACGGAGGGCUGCCUUAUACUCCUAAUCCGGUAAAUUUGAUAAAUGCUAGAGUAACUAGUCUUUUUGAGGUGGGCGGUAGAGUGUGGGAUGUGGGGCUUGUAAGAGACGUGUCUGAGGGUAGAGAUGCGGUUAGAAUUCUUAAUAUUCAUUUGAGUAAUAUGAAUGUUGAGUACGGUUGGAAGUGGAUAUUGAACUCAAAAGAGAAAUUUUCAAUUCGUAAUGUCUAUCGAGCUGUUUGUGGGGAGUAUUUGGUGCAACCGAAUCCUUUGUGGAAUCAGAUAUGGAGUUUCAAUAUUCCAUUGCAUGUCCGUAAUUUUUUAUGGCGAGUUUAUCUUCUGACUUUGGACGUACUUGCUACGAGAAAAGUGUUCAUAAAGGGGCAAUGUGUGGUGUGUGAUAAUGGUAAUGAAACAGCAAUGCACUUGUUCUAUCAUUGCCUAUUGCCAAAACUUGUUGGUCGAAGCUGGUCACUGGUCUUAAAAGAUGAAAAGUGUUCGCUGAUUUCGAGCAUCUGUUCGUUCAUUUGGGGGGAUGGUCGACAACAAUGGAUUCCUUCGGGCAGUGCAUGGGUGAAGGCAAAUGUAGAUACGACUAUGUUUGCAAAUUCUGGAGGAGUGGGUUUAGGCAUUGUAGUGCGAGACGAGGAAGGGAGAGUCAUUCGAGCUCGGCAAGUUCGGUUGAAUGGAAACUAUUCCCCGAGGACAGCUGAAGCGCUUGGGAUUCGAGAAGUGUUGAGCUGGGUAAAGGAUGUCGAUAAGCUUAUUGUUGAAUCAGACGCGAUGGAGGUGGUAGUAGAGAUUCGGAAUCAGAGUCUUGUUGCAUCAAAGUUCAUUGUUGAGGACUGUGCUAAUUUAACAAAUCAGUUUAGUAAUAUUUUAUUUUUGUUUGUGAGGCGAUAUGUGAAUCAGGCUGCCCAUGUUUUAGCGUAA